AUGGUCGUUGUCGGCGCGCGCGCCGCGGCGGCCCUGGGCGCCGCCGCCGUCGUGGUGGGCGGCCUGCCCAUCGCGCUGCCGGCGCAGCUCCGGGCGCUGGGCGGCAGCGUCGCGCGCGUCGACCGGCGCCUCCAGGCCGUGGAGUCCAUGGACAUCUUGGGCACGAUCCAGCAGGAGAGCGUGGCGCCGAACCCGGAGAACGUGCGGGCGACGUGCUACAUGGGCCUCAUCGAGGAGGUGACGACGAAGUGCAACCUCCUCGACGACGACGGCGAGGAGGUGCCGCCCGGCGUCUGGUACUACGAGAAGACCGAGGGCUGGAACAUGAGCCCGCGCGGCGAGUCGGACGUGCUCUGCCUCCAGUGCUGCAGCCAGCUCUACGACGAGCCCAACGAGCGCAUCCACGAGGAGUGGAACUUCGACUGCGCCGUCGACGCGACGGUCCGCACGAAGUUCGACACGGGCUACUACGGCUACGAGUUCCGGUUCCGGUUCGCGCGGAACCGCGACGAGAAGGACGACAAGAUGGUGCGCUGCGCCAUGGGCCGCAUCGGCUGCGAGUACGAGGGCAUCUUCGGCGAGUACGAGAUGGACGGCCGGCCUCUAUCGUGCACGUCGAAGCAGGCCGACGGCGACUACGGGAGCUGCUCCGCGGACAACAGCUCGUGCGUCUGCGAGAUCCCCGGCUCCCAGCGCGGCGGCACGGGGCCCCACCCGGACACGAACGCGCGCAACGACUACUUGGACGGCGUGCGGAGCCGCGUCGACGAGCAGAGCUGCCGCUACCGGUCCGCGCGCGAGCGCGAGGACGGCAGGAGCUGGUACCUCCAGGGCUACGAGCUCACGGUCUACGUCGAGGAGCUCACGGAGAACGACGGCUCCUACUGGCGGUCCGUGACGGGCUGCCACGUCAAGACCUACGAGACGGAGACUUUGCGCGCCGGCGACAAGUUCUUCCAGCGCAUCGUCAUGAAGGGCAACAAGGACCCGCGGCCCUACAACUGGCUCGCGGGCGCGCACGGGCUGCCCUUCGUCGUCUGCGCCGUGCUGCUGGCCUGCGUCGUCGGCGCGCUCCUCGUGCGCUGCGCGCGGGACACGCCCUGCCCGACCUGCGGCUCGAAGCUCAUCUUCAUGCCCACGCAGUGCUUCUAUUGCUCGCUCUACGGCGCGCCCAUGCCCGACCCCGUGCUCCUCGCGCGCAUCCGCGCGCGCGGCAAGUUCGUCUCGGGCCAGGGCUUCGUCGCGCACACCUUCCGCAAGCGGCCGGGCUCGGAGCAGACGCGCGCGGGCUGCGCGCGCCUCUACGCGGGCCGCGCGUGCAAGGCGACGGGCACGAUCGCGGGCCGCCACGUGCUCGCGCUCCUCAAGUGCCUGGGCAAGGGCACGCUGCACUGCGGCGACGCGCUGCUCCACUUCUUCUAUAGGUGCGUGCUCCGGCGGCGGCGCGGGCCGGGCCCCGUGUGCCUCCGGACCUUCGUCGCCGACGAGUCCGAGUACGUCGAGCGCGACCCGCCCGUGCCGACGAAGAUCUACGUCGCGGACCCGGCGCUCCGGUCGCAGAACGCCUUCGAGGCGCUCACGCGGCCCAUGCCGCCCAAGGAGCGCGAGCUCGUCGCCGCGGAGCAGGACUACGUCCGCAAGUUCCGCGAGGAGAAGCGCGCGAAGCGCCUCGAGUCGAAGCGCCGCCGCGAGACCUACUACGCGGCCGCGAGCGCCGCGCUCCCGGCCAAGGUCGCGCCCGCGAACGCGCUCGAGGCCGGCGUCGCCGCGGGCGCCGAGCGGGCCCUCGCGGACGCGGGCUCCGUCGCCUCCAAGGGCUCGAAGAGCUCGAAAAAGCGCGGCGGCUCGCCGCGGCCCCAGCUCGAGGACGGCGACGCCGCGUCCGUCGCGUCGUCGCUCUCCGCGCGGUCCGAGAAGACACCCGUGCUGCCCAUCGAGCAGGAGCCGACGGGCGGCUUCUACGUCACGCGCAACGACGGACCGCGCGACGACGACGCGCGCGUGAAACAGCUGCUCAAGCAGACGGACAAGGCGCGGCAGCACGCGCAGGAGCGCGUGCCGCACGCCGGCACGUUCAUGAUGGGCGUGCUCGUGCGGUCCGCGCGGCGCGAGAGGCUCGUCGACGCGGCGCGCGAGGCCGCGGCCGCGGCCGCGGCCGCCGGCGUCGACACCGUGUCGCGCGAGGACCGCGAACGCAUCCUCGCGCCGCUCGUCGCCGAGGGCUGCCUGAGGAAGCUUCGAGAUCCCUACCACGCGCUGCGCAGCCAGGCGAAGCCCUCCGACGACGAGCUCCACGAGUACGACCGCCUCUGGGACGCGUUCAAGGUCCGCGACGCGGCGGAGGCGCGCUACGGGCUGCCGUCGGAGCUCCCGGAGGCGACGUGGGGCGCCGUCGCGCGAGCGCUGGACCACGACGACGGCCUCGCGGGGUCGCCGGGGCGGAAGCGGCCGCUGCCGCGCGUCGCGGACCGCGCGCGCAGCGGCAUCUUCGUCGUCGACCACUUCGGCCACAUGUACGCCGCGCGCAAGGUCAGCGGCGCGUUCCACCACAGCUCGUUGACGCGGGGCCACUGCUGCCGCUUCGCCGGGACGAGCAACGGCGUGCCCGGCUACAUGCCGAAGACGGAGAGCGAGGCCAAGGCCGGCGACUGGGGCGUCACGGCCGAGGGCAAGUGGUACAAGGUGCGGUCCAAGAACGGGCGCCUCGACAAGAAUCCGAACGUCAUCGGCGAGCAGAACUACAAGUUCGUGCUGCCGCUGGAGCCCAAGCCCUACGACCCGCCGGCGGGCGAGCGGCCCAUGCCCACGCCCAUGGGCCCCAUGGCCGUCGCGGCGAACGGCGUGCCCAUCUACAACGCCUUCGCCACCGACGGCGAGGACAAGAGAGCGAAAUUCCAAACUUCAAAGCCUCAUAUCUCGGCCGCCACCGACGGCGAGGACGGCAUCGACCUCGAGGCCCACUACCACCAGUUCCCGCGCUGCGUCCAGGGCGCGUCCGCGCUCGGCCUGCAGGCCGCGGACGUCGUCGCGCCGUCGCUCUACGGCGCGAACGCGGAGCUCGCCGGCGCGCUGCGCGACGCCAUCGCCGCGGGCACGCCGUCGGCGGCCUGCGGCGUCGCCUUCGACGGCUUCCCCAUCCACGGGCCCCUCAUCGAGAAGGACGGCGAGGUCGUCUUCGCCAAGAGCAGCUACACCGGCGCCGCGGGCCACCUCGGCCACCCCACGUUCGUCGCGGGGAGCGGCGACCUCGACGUCUGCAACGGCCUCAUGACGCCGGCGGGCUACCGCUACGUCCUGACCUGCGAGCUCAACGGCGACGAGCUCGUGCCCACCUACCCCUACACGAUCCCGGCCUACCGCGGCAAGCCCGAGCUCCUCAACUACCCCGAGCGCAUGCGCCAGCCCAACGGCGUCAAGGACUUCAUCAAGCAGAACGAGGAGGGCAAGGUCACGAAGGACGCGUGCGCGCUCAUGCUUGGAAGAAGACGUCGACAUCGUAGUGGCCUAACUCGACCAGAAAGUGGGACGGCACCCAUGGUGCUCUUCCCCUCGCCGCGGCAGUACGUCGUGAAGAAGAAGGGCGCCGUGCUGCGCCAGGCCGUGCUCAUCGCGAGCGAGGAGAUCUGCAUCCUCGAGGGCGGGACGACGGUCCUCUGCGACCGGAGCGAGAGCCUCGUCGAGGACGACUCGGAGAAGGUGCGCAUGCACGUCUACGAGCCCCUCGACGGCUGGCUCACGCUCAAGUGCCUCAAGGGCGAGGGCCUGCCCCACCGGGACGCGAGCCACACGUGCUACGCGCGCCUCGAGUCGGCCGCGGCGGUCGCGGGCGUCGUGCGCCCCCUCGGCGCGGCGUGGUGGAUCCUCGCGGAGGCCUGCACGGUCGUCGACGCGCCGUCGGCGCGGGGCCGGCCCCUGGGCUUCGUGGAGCGCGGCGCGGCGGUGCUCGGGGACCACCCGGAGAACCGGACCGACGGCGCGCGGUGGCUCCGGCUCGCGGCGCAGGAGCGGGCCCACUGGUUCUUCCAGAGCGGCGCCGGCGAGGCCUGGCUCCAGAUCGCCGCGGCGUCGCCGCGCUUCCCCCGGGAGGCCGAGGCCAAGCCGGACCGGCUGCGGCCCGCGAAGGCCUGGGAGGCGACGUCGCUCGACGCCGUCGUCGGCGCGCACCCGGACCGGCGCCUGUCCGCGGGCGACGUCCUGCCCUUCGAGCUGACGCCCGCGCGGACCUGCGCGGCGCGCUUCGCCUUCACGCCGUCGGCCAUCGGCGAGUGGGGCUGGCCCAUGGGCGAGGCCAUCGCGGGCGACAACCUGGGCCACGUCAACUACGUGCGCUGCGACGAGACGGAGGCCGCGACCCAGUUCGGCUCCGAGCUCUGGGACAACGACGCCAAGGCGCGCCACUGGCUCGACCCGCCGGAGGUCGGCUGCUGGCUCGUGCCCACGGUCGGCGGCGCGGCGAUCGCCAUCGCGAAGCAGCGCGCGCGCCUCGAGGGCGCGGGCUGGAGAGUGUUGACCUGCGACGCGGACGUCAUCGAGGAGCUGGACAACAAGGUGCGGUUGCGGGGCCGCGCGGAGCGCCUGGGGCUCCUCGAGUUCCUGCCCGCGCACUACGAGGCCAUGGACGCCGCGCGGUACCCGUGCGUCGUCAAGCUCCCGACGGGCGAGUACGGCAAGACCGUGCGCCUGGCCAAGACGCCCCGCGACGUGCCGGCCAUCUUCGACGAGUUCCGCAUCGACGAGGACCAUAUCGGCGACAAGUUCCUCUGCCAGGAGCACCUGCCGGGCUGCGUCGAAUACUCGACGUCGCUCCUCGUCAAGGACGCGGAGAUCCUCGACGUCGUCCGCACGGCCUACACCUACAACCACGAUUUGUACUGCUGGCCCCACCGCGUCUGGGAGCGCAAGGAGCUGCGCGAGUGCGACAGCGCGGUGCCCGACGCGCACCUGGCCGUCAUGUCGAAGAUGCUCGCGGGCUUCUCGGGCAUCUGCAACUUCAACUACAAGGAGCGCCGCGACGGGUCGCUCUGCAUCUUCGAGGUCAAUGUUCGACUGGGCGCGGACCUCGCCUGCGACGUCGACCGCGAGCGCUUCCGCCUCGUGCUCGAGCGCCUCGACGGCGCGCUCCCGCUCGCGCCGCGCUUCGCGGAGGCCUCGGAAUAA